AUGGCAUCAAGUGACCCUGAACUAAAAGAUGGAUUUACAGCUGCUUGGAUGAAAAAACCUACAAAAGAAUACGAAUCAUUUGCGGCGUCACCUCCAGCACUUGAAGACGCAUUUUUCAUCCGUUAUCCUAAAAGCGACAUUUUAUUUGGAAAACCAACAGCUGAGAAGGCUGUUCCGAAAUUGCUCAGUGAACAAGUUAAAGAUAUUAAGGUAGCUCCUGCCCAUACCAUUGUCAAGGAGAAAGACUGGUCCAAACACACGAAGCCAUGUCAAGAAGUGAUGCACGGGAUCCCGCCAAUCAAUACAGCUGUUAAUUCUGUGACGUCGAAGCCGAAGCCAGCUGGUACAGACGACGGCUUCAAAGGCGAGGGCGCGGCUUGCGGCAACUCGAUUGUCAAGGUGGCUCACAAGUUGAUAUCAACGCAGUCGUCACGUGGGUUCACGAUAGCUUUACCGGAGGAGGAUAUAGACACACCCGACAUGGGCCAGUACAACUUGAUGCACCGACGCAGCAGCAAGUCUCUGCCGGCUUCUCCCCUACACUCACCACCCGGCAGCCCUAAUUCCCGCAGGAAAUUCCACGCUAAUCGUUACUUUACAUCACCCUUUGAAGCUAAAGAGGAUUCUCCAAACCGGUCUUGGUUGUCAAUGGCUCUACUGGGCUUCAAGAAAGAUCUCACGACGUCCACAUCUACUUUGGCUGAAGAAGAUUUUGUAGACAUAAGACGAGGUCAUCUUGCAGAAUCAGUAGAAAAUCUAGGCCCCGCUCCCCGCAAGAAGGAGCCUAUGAAGGUUGUCAAUGAAGCCGUCGCCCAAGGCUCCACACCCGCUAAACCAGCGCAAGCGUUCCGGCCUAAACCUUCAGAACUGCGAGAAAUGAAUUUUUGGUCUCCAACGUCUAUGUGA